GAAACACUCAUCAAAUGUUCAAGGAGUAACAUGUCAAUUUAGCACAGUUGUCAAAUAAAUCGGUCGAGUUAUCCACAUAUACAAUAAUACGGCACGAUAAAGAAAAGGGUUUUAUUUUUAAGAACUUAAGCCAAUUAAAAUAUGGAAGGGCUAUUUUCUGCCGAGGAUGGCACACCUUCGUGCAGCUGGACAUGCAGCAACAGCGCGGUUAAGAGAAUCCAGAAGGAGCUGGACGAGAUUACGAGGGAUCCGCCGCAAUACUGCAGUGCUGGUCCGAAGGAGGACAACCUGUACGAGUGGACCUCGACGAUCAUCGGACCCGCGGACUCCGUCUACGAGAACGGAAUAUUCAAGCUGGACAUAUUCUUUCCGGUUGAGUAUCCUUUUGCUCCACCGGUAGUUAUAUUUCGCACGCCCAUAUAUCACUGCAACAUCCACCGCCUGGGCUUCAUUUGUCUGGAUAUCCUGAAGGAGAAAUGGUCACCGGCACUGACCAUCUCGAAGAUUCUGCUAUCAAUUUGCUCCCUACUCACCGACUGCAAUCCCAAGGAUCCGCUGAUGGCCAAAAUUGGCACGGAAUAUCUGAAGAAUAGAGCAGAACAUGACAAGAAAGCGCGCCUCUGGACCAAACGUUAUGCCAAAGACGAAUAGAUGGCAGCUUCGCUUCGAAUCGAUGACUGACGUCAGACGUCUUUGUUGUUCACUACUGUGCUAUAUGAAAUAUACAUAUGCUGCUCCAUAAUAUUGAAGGGAAAUCUAUUAAUCACUCGGUACCUCUUUGUCUUUUCAUUGACAACUUUGAAAAUUGCUCAUGCCGCAAUUGGGGAACGUUGCCACGACCAGACACCUACGCCCAUUGUGGUAAUACUUUCGAGUGGCCGACCGAUGGCGUUGCCAACAAACUUCCGCCAGGCGAAAACGAAAAUUCGUUGGGGAUUGAAAAUGUUUUUUUGACAUCUACUUCGUGCUUUUCAUGCGAAAAUAUAUACUUUGCGAAACAAAGGCAGCAAGCAAAGAGGCAAGGUGGCAAAGUAGGUGAGCUCCACUCUGUUGCUUAUCGAUUUGAAGUUGGGGCCAAGGAAACACGAAAUUAGCACAGGCCACGUCGCUGCCAGGAACUGUCAAGUGUUGCAUACUUUUUCGGGCAAUUUGAUGGCCAAGCGGGGGCGACUCGUCGGAAAAACAACACCGAAGUGGGGCACAUUUGCAUGAAACCGGAGUUGGAGGAGGACAAACAUUAGCAGAAGUCAGCUGGAGUUCGCAGCUAAAUCGAAAAGCAUAUUCUUUCGAUGGGUAACCCUUUUUGGCAACCAACCCCUCGGCGGACC